UUUUAAAUUUUGAGGUUAUACAUGUGAUCUAAAAUAAAUCAAAAUAUAGAAGAAUGGCAAAAAUAAAGAAAAAAUCUCGUUCGACUGCAGAAAAGGCGAAUAAAAAGGAAGUAAAAAAGAAAUUAAAUCCAUUUGAAGUGCAUGUAAAUAAAGAAAAAUUAAAAGUGUUAGGAAAACGGUCUAAAAAUGAUCGGGGUCUUCCAGGAGUUUCAAGAGAGAAAGCAAUAAACAAGCGUAAACACACAUUAUUACAAGAGUACAAGUUACAAAAUAAAUCAAAUAAAUUUAUUGAUAAACGCAUAGGUGAAAAAAAUAAAAAUUUAAAUGAAGAAGAUAAAUUUAUAGCAAGGUAUGCUAAAUUAAGAGCAAAAAGCGAUAAAAAAUCACGUUUUAACCUAGCAGACGAAGUAUUAACCCAUCGAGGACAAGUUUUGAGUGAAAUUGAAAAGUUUGAAGAUAAUCAUUCAGAGGAUGACAGCGAUGAUGAUGUAAAAGGGGGACUUCAAUCUGAUUUUGUUGAAAAAGCUCAUUUUGGUGGUGGAAUUUUUGAGAAAGGUACAAAAGAUGGGGCUAAAUCCCAUAAAGACUUAAUUGACCAAUUAAUAGCGGAAUCUAAAAAAAGAAAAGCUGAAAAACAAAAAUUAAAAGAGCAAACAUUAGAAUUAACAGAAAAAUUAGACUCCGAAUGGAAAGAUUUAAUCCCUUUGGUAAAUAAAAAGACUAAAAACGAUGAAAUCGAAAAGCCUAAAGUGGAUGAUUUCGACAAAGUUAUGCGAGAAUUGAAAUUUGAAGCUCGUGGUCAUCCUUCAGAUCGAUUAAAAUCCGAAGAAGAGAUUGCUAAAGAAGAAAAAGAAAAAUUGGUGAAAUUAGAAGAUGAAAGGUUAAAAAGAAUGCAUGGGGUUGAUGUUACAAUAAAUAAUAAUAAAAGGCAUCAUGGUGCUGAUGAUUUAGAUGAUAACUUUGAAUUUGAGGAGAUGACUGAUGCUGUAUUAAGUUAUGAUUUUGAAGGAAAACCUAAUCUUAAAAUAGAUAGUGAAAUAAAUGGGAAAAAACUAAGUGAAAAUGUUGAUGAAGAAUCAAAAGAUCAAGAUGAAUCUGAUUCUGAUAAUGUUGAAAAUAAUGUAUUAAGUGAUGAAGAGGAAGAUGAAGAUAAUUUUUCUGAUUUAAAAGAGGAAUCAGAUGUUUCUGAUGAAGAGAAUUCAGAUAAAGAGUUAAUUGAAAGUGAUCAAAAUCAACAUAGUUCUGAAAUAGUAUCUGAUUUGUUGAAACGAAAAGCUAUAAUGGAAAAAGCUCGCGAAGAAUUACCUUAUACAUUUAAAUUACCUAAAAGUUAUGAAGAAUUAAACGACUUAUUAAUAAAAGAAUCACCAGAAAGACAAAACAUAAUCAUUGAGAGGAUGAUAAAGUGUAAUCAUCCAAGUUUAGGGGCUGCAAAUAAAGAACAAUUAUCAACUCUUUUUAUAUAUUUAAUACAAUAUAUAAAUGAUUUAUCACAAAAUAUCAAUGAAAAUUGCGUUGAGACACAAACGGGGAUUAUUUUUAGAAUUUUUUAUAAUUUAUUACCUCACUUUUAUGAUUUAGCCCAUUUAAAUAGCGAAGCUAGCCACAAAGCAAUUUUAGAAGUUAUAAAAGAAAAGCAUGGCGAAUACAAAAAAAGUUAUAAAAAAUUUCCAGGACUUGAAGUGUUAUUAUUCUUGAAAUUAAUUGGACAUAUUUUUUCAACAUCCGAUUUUAAACACUCUGUUGUCACACCAAGUUUUGUAUUUAUUGAUCAAAUGCUUAAUAAUUGUAGAAUUAGAACAGAACAAGAUGUUGCGUAUGGAUUAUUUUUAUGUACUUUAGUGUUUGAGUUCACAAAAUUAUCAAAACGUUAUUUACCAUCAACGCUUAAUUAUUUAUCAGGAAUUUUAUAUUUGUCAAUUCCAAAAACCGGAAUAAGAAUUUUAAAAAUUUCUCAACCCUUUAAAACAUCCUCGAAUUUAUUGGUUCUUGUGAACAAUCACAGCGAAGUGGAUGAAACGGAUUUGAAAUUAUCGGUUGAAAAUUUAAGAAGAAAAUCAGUAAAUAGCGACGAUGUUAAAAUUUCAUCUUUUUAUUUGAGUUUAAAUUUAAUUGAGGAAGUUAUAAGUAAUAUAAGUGAACUUCCCUCCAGAUACGAAUUAUUAAUUAAUAUAGAAAAGUAUUUAAAUUUAAUUCCAUUGAAUAAUUACCCGGGAAAAGUUAAAAAGAAAGCGGAAGAAGUUAUUAAAUUAAUUAAUAAAAUUAAAAACGAUAGAAUCAUAGAAUAUUUAACGAUUGCGAAACCACGACCGAAAGCUUUAAGACUUUACGAACCAAAUAUUCAAAAAAUAUAUGAUGGAAGAAGGCAUAAAUUACAAUCGAAAGAAAAAUCUGAAACUGAUAAAUUAAUUCAUAAAGUGAAAAAGGAACGGAAAGGUGCUUUGAGAGAAAUAAGAAGGGACCAAGCGUUUUUGGCGAAAGUUAAAAUUAAGAAACAAAUUCAAAGUGAUAAUGAACGAAAGGAUAAAGUUAAACGAUUAUUUGCUGAAGCUGCUAUGCAACAAAGUGAACUCAAUGCUUUCGAUAGGAAAAAGAAAAAAAAAUAAAUGGUUCUAUUAAUUAUUUUGUAAUUUGACGUUUUUGAAAAUAUAAAAAUAAUUA